GGGGGGCUUCUCCCGGUUCACUUCAGCUGAACUUUGGCAGAGCCGUAGAUCUCAAACACCCCCACCCAUCUCCCCUUCCCCGAGGAGGAUUGGAGGCUUAAGCUGCUCUGCGCUCUCGCUUGUCCUCGGCUCCAUAUGCGGCUCCGGAGCCUCUUGCCAGAGUCAUCAUAACAAGCACUUCCCUUAAUGAAGAGCCCGAGCGAUCAAAGCGGGGGCCGUCAGAAAGCCAAGCAAAAUAUUGCCCUUAUUCAUUUAAAAAGAUGAUUUCCCCACCUCGGAUAGCCGGAAGGAACAAAGCUAGAAGAAACACCCCCUCUUGUUUUUCUUUUGGUUUUGAAGAGUUCAUUUAAUGCCUCCUUUCUUCUGAGAAACGGGUUGCCGAUCUCACAAACUUUUAUGGCUUGCAUGGACUUAGGAGCGAUGUCUUCCCAAGAAGGUUUGUUACCAGCCGGACACGAGACCAUGGAGGAAAGUUUCUCUGCUGAAAAAAGAAUAGGCAGCAUAAAGCAGUGUGCUAAAAAUACUUCUAGACCCAAACAGCCUGACAAGUGCUCCGAACAUGUAAAUAAUAUUUCUCUGAGCGGGCCAACUUGGAUUCCAGUGGGACAGAAAGGGUCUGUAAGGAAGUCCACCUCUGUUUUGCAGUCCAAGGUUAGAGCCCUUAAAGAGAAAAGGAACUUUAUAAACAAGCAAACUGAAGAAACAUUGCAGGAAGAGGCUUCUCUAAGGAAGCUUAACGCAUGGAAGGGAACGCCACCAAGAGGCCCUGUUCUUCAGAACGCAGUGGUGGAGCCACAAGCUCAAAUCCGCACUUACUUGACAGAUGUGCUGCUGGACAGCACCGAGUAUCCACAUCGGAUGCACGAGGAAUUUCAGGGAACAAGCCUUCCAGAUCCAUACAUCAAUGAUUUCGAAACCCAGUCUAGGGCGACGGGAGAGCCCGCAGGCAUGAACCCACCAAAGGAAUUCAGGAGGCUCCCAGGAAGAAGCAUGCCAGAUACAAAGAGUUCUUCAGGAAGCUCCACGAAAAAGGUACCCUUGAGUGCCAUCUCUGGAACUGGCUCCUUAAAGGACCUUUCCUUCAUCCCAACAUCUUUUGAAGAAACAAACGGUGGAGAAGACCAUCUAAUUCGGCCCAAGGAGUUUGACAGCAAUUCCGUGAAAAAGAACGACAGUUCUGAGGUGGCAUCAGUUGGGAGGAUUUGGAGAACGGAGAGCUGGGACAGUCUUGGAAGCAGCAGUAGCAACGUCAGUACUUUAUCUUUAGCAGACAGAGUGGAAAGAAACCGGACUAAGUUGCAGGAGAUGCUGAGCGCAUCACCGUUGAGCAGAAGUUAUUCGCAGGAAUCUCAUACUUUGGAUACUCAUCGGAAGGAGACCCAAGACCUCGGGCCUAAUAAUGAGAUUGCGCCAAAUGAUGGAGCCUGGGAUUCUAAUGUCUCCUCACAAGAUUCUGAAGGUUAUCGGGUCUUUCUUCCUAACCAAAAGCUGGAAUUGAGCCCCAGGCAUGAACAGGCCAAGCAGCUGCUCCAGAGAGCUCGUAUGAAGGCCAGGACAAACCCCCUCCGAGCUAGCCAUAACAUCCUGCUUACUGCCUCCCCAGACAAGAGAUGCAAAAGACUUGUUUUGAAGGAUGGAAAUAAUCCCACUAGUGGAAACCAGAGUGAUUCAUCCAGUGGUGACUCCAGCUGUGGGCAGCAGAGGAAGCAAGGACCACCUUCUUCUCGGGUGCGUUUUGAGGAUGAAUCUGCAAGGGAUGCCGAAGUUCGCUAUUUGGAACGCCUGCAGCAACGCCAGAAACGGCCCUUAGAUUCAGUUCUGUUAUCUCUUGGCCAGGGCCCACUGCUCUCCAAACCAGAUCUUGCUGGAUAUAUAAAUGGUGACCUCCAGCGUAAAGAGAGCAGCGUCAACAAACCUAGCUGGGAACAUCAAAGCAUAGGACAGGGAACCAAAAGGCACACUCACCAGAGCAACGGAGGAUGCUCUGGAAGAGGGACCUCUCCUCAAGACAAAGAAAGCAAGUGUAGUGCCUGUGGGUCUUAUAUCAACAAUUCAGCAGACACUCAACUCAACCAACUGGGAAUGGCACAUGGAAUUGCCAACGCCCUUCCUGGAGGCAGUGACACUGUUCACACUAAUGGAAGCCAAGAGCUCGCUGCUUCCCAGGAGGACUCGCGGACAAAGCCUCUAGCCCCCAAAAGGACUCCACUAUGGAUCCUUCCUUCUCGGCAGCGUUUUGCAGAAUGCCUCAGGGAGACGCACAUCGGCGAAGUUACUGAAGAUGUGGACUCCGCUUUAGGCAGCACCACUGACACGUCCGACACGCUACAGCAGGACAGCGAAGAAGCUGGCGCCAACGGUCAGCGAUUUGCAACCGAAAAUUGCCACGGUGUCCCUAGACCAUUGUGUUCUUCGGAGAAGAAAGCCAACGCUGUCCCCGUGGACAGGCAAAGCACAGAGAAAAGUAUCCAGUGCCCAAUUGAGAAAACCCGUAUCUCCCGUUUAUUCCCAGCAGUGUUUUUCCAAGAUGGUAAAAAAGCUCCAGUCAAUCAUUUAUGCCAAACGAAGCAGCAUUCAAAGCAGGUGGCUGCUGCCAACAAUUUAAGGAGUCUAAUACCAGCCCCCACCACUGGAAAAGUUCACUCCUCCCCAAUGUCUUAUAGGAGAGCUGUUUUAACAGGCAGCCACAAAUUGAUCAAACAGGAUCCUGGGCAUAUAAAUAAAACCAACGAACUAUCAGUUGCAUCUGCCCCUUCUGAUUUCCAGGAUGUAGAUGUAUCUCGGCUCGAGGAGCAUCAUGGCCAGCAGGAUCAGAGGACAUUCUCCAAACAUCUGGCUUUGCCCUCCAAUAUUCACAAUAACACAUCUGCCAAGCCAGAGCCCAAAACCAUAAUAACGGGCAGAGAUGAUCAACUUUGGGAGAGUGAGAAGAUGGGGGAAAAUCAAGUAGGUCCAUCAUCCUCAACCUGUGGUGUUCCCCCUGUUGCUCCCAAUGUCAUCAAUUCCACUGCUAUUAACCUCUCCCUGACAACUGAAGAGACCAACUUCACGAUCCCCACUCAGUCAAUCAGCAGAGAAGCUCCGGUAGCAGAUAUGCAGAAGAUAAAACCCGGGAAAGCAAAUAUUAUUCCAUGCAAACACUUAGAAGUUUACCCGCAGCCAAAGAAACAGCACUCCACCAAGAAAGAAGUCUCUUCUACAAUGGGUUUUAAAAAAUUCUUCACCACUCUGACUCAGAGCACCAAAGAAAGACUGGGAAGAUUCCGAUGUUACAGCAUGGAACAGAUAUCUAUGCUAGAAUCAGGAGCUGCCAAGCCCAGUAUGGAAAAUGCUCCAGAUACCCUUUGUUCUCCGAAAAUGAAGAAAGUUCCUUCCUUACAAUCUUUGCAGAGGGUGUCAUCUUUCUGUCAACCAAGAAAAGCCUCUUCGGUUCAAAAUCUGCAUUCCUUUUUGGGCAAGAAUAAUCGGUCCAAUGUUUACCUGGUGGGGGAACCUAAGGAUGAGGAAGCUUCUUCUAACAGGAAAACCGGGACUCCGCAUAGAAGGUCCCUCAGUGUGGAGGACAUUGGUUCCCCUAACUUGGCGAGAACCGUUGGACGGGUGGUAGAAGUUUUUCCAGAUGGAACCAGUCAAUUAGAAUUGCAGCGGUCCCAACAAGGCAACUUUGGAUUCCGUGUUUCUUCAGGGAAUGGUCGUCCUGAUACAGGUAUCUACGUCCAGGAGAUGGCAGACACCAGUACAGCUAAACUCUAUGCUGGACUCCUAGAAGUUGGGGAUGAGAUUCUUGAAGUAAACGGGGCCAAGGUGGCUGGGCUGGGCCUAGCCCGGAUCAAUGAACUGCUCUUGUGGGCCGAGAUGCUCUCCCUGAGGGUACUGAAGCAGAGACCUGUUCGGCACUAGCAGAAGAGGAGAUUCUUGCGAGGGACGCUUGAAUGGGCAUCUUUGCCUCGUGAACAGGCCAAAGCGGUUCUGGUGCUUAUUAAGCCUACCUGAGAUUUGGAAUUCACAUCUUUGUCUCAGUGGUUUUAUGACUUAGAUGUGGAUGAAGGCACAAACCAACCCCAUGGGUUAUUUUGUAAUGGAAUCUGGUAUCUAUUGAAUAUUUAAUUUAUGCAAAGAUUAGUCAUGCAAUGCGGACUCUGCCCCAUCACCAAGGAAUAGGAAGUAGUUAUCUGGCACCUCCCUGUACAAAGAAUUGGGGAGGACAGAAGGAGGCAUCUGGUAACAAUUCGUGGAUAAAGACUUAUCUUUUGACCACCAACAUCCCCACAAAUUGUUUAAGGAGCCGAGGUGGCGCAGUGGUUAGGGUGCAGUACUGCAGGCCACUUCAGCUGAC